GAAUCUAUAUCCGCGCAACCAACUUCUAAUUGUGGUUGGUCAUCAAGAAUGGCGAAGAGACGCCAAUGAAAAAGGUUUGGGAGACACUUGUCCCAAAGACCGAGGACGAAUUUGAUGCCGAAGACCUCAAGAAAGUAGAGAACUACGCAAAGGCGAUUAACAUUCUCUACUGCGCGGUCAACCCCGACGACUACCGCAAGAUCUCCUGCUGCUCAACUGCCAAGGAGAUGUGGGAUACACUUGAGGGGACGUACGAAGGAACGGACGAACUACGUGAAGCGAAGAUCGACUUCCUCCCCAAAGAGUAUGAGAUGUUUAGGAUGAAGGAGCACGAGAAGAUCGACGACAUGUUCGACCGAUUUUCCAAGAUAAUCAACGAUCUUCAUGUGUUGAAGAAGAGUUACACCGACAGGGAACUUGUGAAAAAGAUCCUACAGAGCUUGGCAUCCGAAUGGCGAUCUAAGGCCGAUGCCAUCAAUGAGUCAAUCGGCACAUCAAAUGUCAACAUCAACGCAUUAAAAGUCUUUAAAGAACCGAUGAUGAAUGACUCAAGAGACGAUGAUGAAGUCACGCUUGUCAUGAAGAAGUUUUGUAAAAUUCUAAGGAAGAAAGAAAAGGUUGAGGAUGGCCCUGUGUGCUAUGGAUGUGGAGAAGCCGGGCACAUCAAGAACAAAUGCCCAAGAAGCGGAAGGGAUUCUCGUUGCUUCAAGAAGCAAAGAGCUUACAUCUCUUGGGGUGGCGAUUCCGGAGACGAAUCAACCGACCAAGAGGAGGACGAAGCUGCCAACCUCUGCCUCAUGGCAUACGAAGACCAAAAUGAUGACGUACAAGAGGUACAUCUCGAAGUGGGGAAUUCAGGGGGAACCAGUGAUGGGUGGUUUAUCCCAUCGCUGGGAAGGAAGUAUUUUCUAACCAGCAGCCCUCUUCCCAUCGAUGGGAACUUCUUCCCAUUGCUGGGUGUUUGACACUUGUUUUUUAAAAUUUUUUUAACGGAUUUCCAGUAGCUGUCUUCCCAUCGACGGGAGAACGUUACCAUCGUUGGGAAGCCUGUUGCAGUUCAAAAAUCAUAGCCGUUGGGCACCUCAUUCAAUGCCCAACAACCAUAUUUUUGAUCACCAAGGGCACAAAUUCUCUUUUCCUAUUAAUAUAAACCAUCCUUGGUC